AGUUUCACAAUUGACAAUUAACUCGAAUUAACGGAAGCCCAACUUGCUGAACUCGGCGUAACGCAUCUUUUCUUCCUAAACAUGAACUGUGAUUGGUUAGCGAAGAUUUGACAAAGAAGAUUGAACGCGUUAAACCGAGCUCAGCAAGUCGAACUUCAGUUAAUUCGAGUUAACCGCGAAUUGUGAAACCGGGUCUAAGGGGCAAAGUUUAGAUAUAAAUCAGAGAUUUUUAACUAGUUACGUUCAGAAAAUAGUUGAGAGAUUAUCACUUGUAAUUGUGUUAGAUUAUAAUUUUGUGAUAAUUUUUGAGAAUUAGUUUUAUCAUGAGUGAGAAUCUUUCAACCAUUGUAUACCUGUUGAGUUUUCUGAACAUGUGAUCGGUAAUCUUUGAAAAACAUCCUAAACUAUCUUGUUCUUUUUUCUAUCAUAUCUUGUUUUUCUCUUACUGAGUCAUCAAAGUACAAUCUGUAACACAUGACAGAAAUGGUGAAAUUAUAGUUUUUUCAUCACAAGUGUUCUUUUUUUGUUACAUGCUUGUAACAAAGCAACCUGUGAUAACCUAACCUAACCAUAACAGUUAACUAACAGUAUAAAGAUGACAACAGAAGUAUCAGAAGAUCAUGCUAAAAGCAAAGUUAGUGAAAGAGAACAUAUUCGUCAAACAUUUUAUAAAAAUCCAAUCACGAAAGACAAUCUUAGAUUAGAUCUGGAUUGGAAUUCGUAUCAGAAGAAAACACGACAAUACAUAAUAAGAAACUACAUGUUAAACCAUCAAAAAAAAUGUAGAGAUGAAAACUUUAAUGCUGCACGUGGUAUAUUAUCAUAUUCGAUUAUAUACGAAGAUAGAAUAGAAGAUUAUGAAAAAAAUGAAGCUUAUGAAUAUCAUAAAUGUUAUGAAGAUUUGGAAAAAAUUACAAAACAUGUAGACUCCAAAAAAAGUGAACGCAAUCUACAUGAAAACAAUACAGGAAUUCACAGACAAAAAAAAGAUCCAAUUAGAACUGAUCCUCUCUCAACUGUUGUGCAACAGUUGGGCUGUGUCCAGUUAAACGAGAUACCUAUUGCAGGAAAUACAGAAAUUGAAAUGCAGGAAUAGCAGGAAUUGAUAGAAGUUAAGGAAGUGGAAAAGAAGAAAAAAGAAGGUGGCUUUCCGAUCUGUUGCGGAGAUGCGCAGUACCAGAAGCAGACAUCUGUUAUAUGUUGAUAACAGAUCUGCUGAACAGAUUUGAAUUGGUAUCGUAACCAAAACAAUUAUUCAAGUUUCCGUUUAUUUGUAAGAAAAUUAAACUAAAAUUAAACAUGGAAAUGGAAUCGAACAAGAAAGCGGUGGACAGAUCGUCUGGAACGUUAGAAAAGUGCACACAACUGCUUCUGUUGUGUACUUGUUCACCUGCCUCUGCAUAUUCUAUUCUUCUCUUUUUGAAAUCGAGGUUCUCUUUCGCGUCAAUGCUCUUCUGUUUAAUUACUUGCAAAACAUUAAGCAUGGAAAUUAAUGACCAUCGCAUUGUUAGGCCACCCACACUCUACCUCAAAACAUUUAAUUCAAAUAAAAA